CAGAAUCAAUUAUUUAUCAGGUAGUAUUGAUUAUGGUUUACAACCAUGCUAUAUAGAUUUUGUUGCACAACUCAUUGAAGAGGCUUCUUUAUGUUCACAUGCCGAAAAGAAAAGGGAAAGUGAAUCAGAAACAAAGAAAACCUGGAAAACUCACACAUCAUAUAUUGUGGAUCAUUAUGUUGAUGUUGUUUCUUCAUAAAGACCAAAGAAGUGAUAUGAGUUUGAACUGCCUUUCUUGUUUGUACAGUAUACUGCAAUACUUUGAUAAUGUUCUGGAAUAUUUCUUUCUGAUAAUCUCUCUCUGUUCUCUGUAUCACAUUUAUAUCUACUAACCAUCUAAUUUAAUUUCUUUUCAAGAUACGUCAACAUCAUUACAUGACUUUUCUGUGUAUGAGCAUAUAUACAUAUAGAGGAGGGAACAUUUAUCGAAUUUCUGCAUGUCUGUGCUUCCUGAUAUGAUGCUGAACUGUUUUACAGGUUUGAACCAGAUAUGCUAGCAUUUUCUGGGUGUUAUUUUGGUGGCGGUGAAAAAGAAAGAAAUGAGCUAGGAGAAAUAAGAAAACGAUGGGAAACAUUACCUGAUUUGGAUCCUUUGGAAGAAAGGAAGCGAGGGAAAUGUCCCCUGACUCCUCAUGAAGUGGGAUUAAUGCUGCGGGCUCUUGGUUUUUCUAAUGAUACAUACCUUUACAUUGCAUCUGGAGAAAUAUAUGGCGGAGAAGAGACUCUACAACCUCUAAGAGAGCUCUUCCCAAAUUUCUAUACAAAGGAGAUGCUUGCAAACAACGAGUUGAAACCAAUUCUUUCUUUCUCUUCUCGACUUGCUGCCAUUGACUACAUCGUCUGUGAUGAGAGUGAUGUGUUUGUCACUAAUAAUAAUGGAAAUAUGGCCAAGAUUCUUGCUGGUAGAAGGAGAUACAUGGGGCAUAAGAGGACCAUCAGACCAAAUGCAAAAAGGCUCAGUGCUGUAUUCAUGGAAAGGGAUCGGAUGGAUUGGGAUACUUUCUCCAAGAAGGUAAAAUCUUACCAGAGAGGAUUCAUGGGUGAACCAGAUGAGAUGAGACCAGGACGGGGUGAGUUUCAUGAAUAUCCACAGGCUUGCAUCUGUGAAAGACCUUUCACUUACCACGAUAACAACAUUGAUGGAGAUAACCAAGGUGAGAACAGUCCUCAAGGACAGAGGAACACUAGCAUGGGAGAGGAACUGGUGUCUUCAGGGGAUAAUGAUGAGGCUGACGAGUUGUUUUCAGACUAGAAGGAAAGAGAAGAUUCUCCUGGAUGAUAAUUUCUUGAGUAAUUCUUCUCUUUCCUCUGAUAUUAACCAGAGUGAAUGAUAAUCAUGCCAGCACAGAGUUUUAUUAAGUGUGGCAUUCAAAUCAAAACAUGUGAAAAUGUUGAAAAAUGCCACUGUGGUUGGAUCCAUGAAAAAUUCAUGGAUCCAUCCAUGUAUAGAGAAGGGAACUUGGUGCAGCUCCAAUUGUUCAUAAUUAGUUUUUGUUGGUAAAUAUGUUAGGUACGCUAAAAUCAUAUUUUGAUGCGGCUUGUUUAUUGCGUAACCUAUCUAGUUGUUUCUAAGUUUUUCUGGCUUUGCGAAAGCAUUGCACAUCAAGCACCUGGUAGUAACUAAUGAAUACCAACCUUGUUCACUUGCUUUGUUGAGUAUCCAAUAGAUAGCAAAUCGGUAACUGCUGGAUAUAUUUUAGAAUAUGUGAACAAUUGAUUCCAGGAAA